GCAGACAUGGCAUGUCUGUUUCUCGAGGAGCCAGUUGAUGUCGACGUGCAAAUACUCCGCAGAAAUCUCCAUCGGUAGACGAUCCCUGAUUGGAUGUUUUAUCAUUCCCUGAUGAGUACCUGUUUGAGUCUUUCCAUUUCUCUGCACCAUCAAUAACAUAUCUAAAUAAUAUUCUCAGCCCUCACAUCACUAACUUGACACAUCGUGGAAAUACUCUCAGUUCCAAGCAUUGGUGAUGCAGAGCAUGUGUCCAAGGCAACUGUCUGUCAGGCUGUCAGAAAUGUGACAGUGGAACUGGAAAGGCUACUAUACAAGUUUGUAUAUGUUCCCAAGUCACAGACCCACCAGACAUCUCAAGGAAAUGUUCCACAGAAUUGCAGGUGUCAGUGUAAGCAAUAAUUAAUGUAAUGUCAUAAGGCUUUGAGACUCGAAGCAGUAAUCAGUCAAUCUGAUAUAUUUUAGGGUUUCCAGGUGUGAUUGGCUGCAUUGAUGGCACUCACAUUCCCAUCAUAGCACCUUCAAUAAAUGAAGGAGAUUAUGUGAAUAGGCGAUCUGUCCACAGCAUCAAGGCACAGAUCGUGAUGCAGCCUACAUGAUCAACAAUGUGGAAGCAAAGAGUGAUAGACUUGCCUGUGAAUGGGACCCAGAAGGAGAAGCUCCUGAAGAAGUACAGACUCUGCGGCUGCAGCAGGACAUUUAAGAAUGGAGAGUUCGAUGAUUACUUACUUGGAGACAGAGGGUACUGCUGCCAGCCCCAUCUGCUGACCCCUUACCCUGACCCUGAGCCUGGCCCACAGCAACGCUAUAACGUAGCUCACUGCAGGACACGAGCCAGGGUGGAGAUGACCAUUGGGGUGUUCAAGGCGCGAUUCCAGGGCCUUUGUAGGCCCAGGGUCACCCCAGAAAGGGUUUGUGACAUCAUAGUGGCAUGUGUAAUCCUACACAACAUUGCCACAAUCAGAGGGGAACAAUGUCCUACUCUUUUCCCUGAUGAUCCAGACAAUAAUCCUAACCCCCCUGCUGAUGCACGAGAUGGAAGAGCUGUUUGAGACAUGAUAUGCUUCAGUCAUUUCUAACUGACCCAUCACCUCCCCAGUGUCAAAGAAAGACAGUAUGCCUCAUAUUUUAUGAUCAUGUUGUACAGAUAAUCUUUUGUUGU